GGGAGGAGGGUGGACAGGAGUGGGAUAGGGCUGGCCCUUGAGCCAGAGAGUGGAGGCCACCUGUGGGCCAGGGCAGAGCCGAUGCCCAGCGCUGCUGACUCCAGGACAUCCGGCAGGAGCCCCGUGCAGGUGCCUUGCCCCUGGGAGCAGCCCUCUGCUCUCCUCCAGAGAGACCUCCCUGGCCAGCGCCAGGCCGCGUGCCCUGAGGGGCUGAGGAGGGCUCUGGUGUGACCGUGGUUCCACCCCCUGGUUCGCCCUCUCUGUGGGCUCCGGGUGCACCAGGUCUGACUCGCCCAGGGUCCCCCGCACAGACCGUGCGACAGGACACCUCCUGUGUGUGUGCACGUCCACAGUCCUGGUGACUGGUGACUGCUCGUCCUCCGACAGCCCUGUGGGGUCAUGGCCCUGGGAGUUUGGGGUCGGCUGCUGGCUCUGAGCCUGUGCCUGCUGCAUGGGGGAACACAGGCUCCUACAGGAGGCCCUGAGAGCUGACGGUGGUGUCCAGCCCCUCUCCCAGCCCCCGCCCUGUGCUCCCACAGGACCCAUGAGUGGCCAGGGCACCUGCCACGGGGACACUCAGGCUCGAGUUUCUGCGUCUGUGGUUGGGGAGCCGCUGCCAGCGGGCUGGUUGGUGCCUCCUGGCCUGGCAGGUGGCAUGUCUCCCUGGUGGCUGCCGGGUACCGGCGGCCGCCCUCAUCCCUGGCUUCUUUCCUUCUGAGCCAGUGUCUUCUCUUGGUGGCAGGAGGGAGGUGGCACAUCCUGGGUGCUGCUGAUCCUUUGUGCUUAAUCUGUCACAGACACUUCCUCGCCACGGCGUCACUUGUCUGGGGAUGUCUUUCAGCCUCUAGAAGUCCUUAAGAUGCACGAGCUGAGUGCCAGUCAGCACCCUUCGCCCUCCGGGGUCGGGCAUGCAGCAGGCACCCCCAAGGCUGCCAGCUGACCCUGAAUGGUGUCCCCUCUGUGCCAGGAGACCCAGUGCCCAUGGGAGCCUCUGGGCUCGGCUGCAACUUGGCAAACCCCGGCCAGCCGGGUGCUCCUGGCCACCCCUUCCCCUUCCUUUGUCCUCUGUCCCCGUGGUCAUGGCCAGAUACUCUGCUGGGCACCUGAGGAGGGGUCAGCAGAGACCCUGGCUGGCGACCCGGUCCCCCAUUUUUAUCUGCCCGACCCAACACCUAGUCAGCCAGAAAGGACCCCUGGGUCGUCAGGUCCAGGGCCAGCUCGGCCUGCUGGUUGGCAGCUGCAGGAUGGCCCAUCCCCAGCUCAGCAGCUUCCUGGUCCCUGGGAUGCCGUAGCCCACCCAGACCCGGACACUGUGAGCGGCAGAAGCAGGGGCUGGCUACCUCCCUGCCCAGCAGCCUCCACGGGCCUCUGGGGGCUCUGUGCGGGUCACCGAGGUUCUCAUAAUGGCCUGGCCAGCUGGCCAGCCAGGGAAACAGGCCACGCAGAGGGCAGGGCCGCAGCUGGUGCUCUGGCCCUGCCCACCAGUGCUGAGGGACAGUGCCCACGUCCCCCAGAUUCGGGCCGGAAGCCGGGUGCUUGCUCUGGUGAGUCUUCCUUCCUGGGGUCCCGAUACUUCAGGGGCGUCGUUCACACUCUUUCUUUUCUCCCUCUGCCCCUCAACACCCUCCGCCUGAGCCCUGGGAGGGGCUGCGGGAAUGAUCCCUCCGCUAAGGGCCCACGGCGCUGCCUGCUUCGCGGUGCUGCCUGCUUCGUGGCGCUGCCUGCUUGUUUUAGUUUAAAGCCAGGGACACAGUAUUCUUGCGGGUCAGCGACAAUGUUGCAUUCUGCACGCAAACCCGGCUGCCGCUGUUGCUGCAAAUUCCCAGGGGAGUUCAAUAGUCUUUCCCUGGUUCUCGUAUAAACUUCUAAGUUUUUGGUAA